UUCCAAACAGAAAACCACACACAAAUCCUCUCAUCAUCUCUCUCUAUCUGAAACUCUCACACUCUCCCACAAAACAAAAGAAGAUCAUUCAUUUUCGUUCACUGUAAGUAGUUCCCGGCGAGACAAAAACAAACUUUCCGAGAGAAGAAAAAGUAGUCAGAUUCUGAGACUCCGACGAGUAUGGUCGACGUAGAUAGAAGAAUGACUGGGCUAAAUCCAGCACAUCUAGCUGGUCUUCGUAGACUUUCAGCUAGAGCAUCUGCACCUCCAACACCGAGACCAACAACAGCAUCCGGAGGAGUCAGAAACACUGGUCUUGUUUCGUUCUCAACAUUAGCAGAUAAAGUUAUAUCUCAUCUUCGUAAAUGUGAAAUCACAGUGUUAGAAGGUUUAACUGAUUCAGAAUUUGCUACUACUGAAGCUGAAUUUGGUUUCGUAUUUCCACCUGAUUUACGAGCUGUUUUAUCAGCUGGACUUCCUAUUGGAGCCGGCUUUCCGAAUUGGCGCGCUAGUUCUUCAUCGUCAUCUAGAUUUCAUCUUCGUUCUUUACUCGAUUUACCUAUUGCUGCAAUUUCAUUCCAGAUUGGGAAAAACUCUCUAUGGCCUAAAUCUUGGGGUAUUAAACCAUCUGACCCAGAAAAAGCUAUCCGGGUCGCCCGUAAUUCACUGAAAAAAGCUCCUCUUCUUAUCCCAUUAUUCAAUCAUUGUUACAUCCCUUGCAAUCCUUGUUUAGCUGGUAAUCCUAUUUUCUUCGUCGAUGAGAAUCAGGUUUAUUGUUGUGGAUCUGAUUUAUCUGAUUUCUUUCAACGUGAAUUAGUUGUCCGAUUCGACGAAGAUAGCAGUAAUACAGGUAAUCUACUUAACAAACAGAGAUCCGUUAGUGAGAAACAAGCGGGUACGAGCUCAGCAUCGUCUUCUUCUUCGUAUUCGAAUUUCUCGAGAAAAAGUUUAGAUUCAUCAGUUAAAAAACCAAGAUGGGUGGAAUUCUGGAGUGAUGUAGCGGUUGAUAAAAGGAGAAGGAAUUCAUCUUCAUCAUCGUCAUCUUCAACACCGUCAUCACCUGAAAGAUUCUUUGAAAUCACUAAACAACAAGAACAGCCAAAAUCACCCGUAUGGGUUGAUGAAUAUUUGAAUCGGGUCGAGUCUGUUUUAAGAGAAGGUGGAUGGGUUGAAAAUGAAGUUAAAGAGAUGGUUAAUGUGGAACCAUUAGGGUUCUUUGAAGGUGAAGUGUUGUUAGUUGAUAAACAAGGGGUUUUGGACACUUUGUUAUUGAAAGCUGAUCAAUUCUCAGAUUCACUUAGAAAAGCUGGAUGGAGUUCUGAAGAAGUUAGUGAUGCUUUAGGUUUUGAUUUUAGGUUAGAGAAGGAAAAGAAACAAAUGAAGAAAUUAUCUCCUCAAUUGAUUGAGAAAAUUGGUAAACUUGCUGAAUCUGUUUCCAGGUCACAUAGUAAAAAUCUAAAUUAACUGUCAAUUAUUUUAUCUACAACAGCUGCAUUUGGUUCAUUUUUCCAUUAAAAUUGUGAAAUUUGGAGAAAGAAAAGAGGAUCAUAUUGAAAGAAAAAAUAGGUGUAAAAAGAUAUUUUUAUAUAUAAAUUAAUUUACAUUUUCAUUUUCAUUUAA